GUCAAAAUGCCAGCACUUCAUCAUAAUCCCAUCAAAUCCACAUCAUUAGUAUUUAUCCGCUUCAUUUCAAACUAAUUUAACCAUCUCUGCAAAAAUAAACUUACCAUUUUUGCAACUCCAAUUUCAACAACAAUGGCAGCUCUUACUGUUCUCCUCCGUCGUAAACUCCACCAACAAAACCUCCAUGUUUUCUCGCAAUUCUCUCUCCUCCGACGAUUUUCGUCGUCGGAAAACUCAUGCGAAGAAAACAAGAAGAUGAUGAUCGAGAAGAUUUUGGUAGCAAAUAGAGGAGAAAUCGCGUGUAGAAUAAUGAGGACUGCGAAGAAAUUAGGGAUUCGAACUGUUGCAGUUUACAGCGACGCUGAUCGUGAUAGUCUUCAUGUGAAAUUCGCCGAUGAAGCUGUUCGUAUUGGUCCUCCUCCUGCGAAAUUGAGUUAUUUACAGGCGAGUUCGAUUAUUGAAGCUGCUAGAAUGACUGGUGCUCAGGCAAUCCACCCUGGUUAUGGAUUUUUGUCAGAAAAUGCUGAGUUUGCUCAACAGUGUGAAGACGAAGGUCUUUCUUUUGUAGGGCCUCCAGCAUCUGCAAUACGGGAUAUGGGCGACAAAAGUGCAUCAAAGAGGAUAAUGGGUGAAGCAGGUGUUCCUCUGGUGCCUGGUUAUCAUGGUAAUGAUCAAGAUAUUGACCUAAUGAAAUCGGAAGCUGAAAAAAUCGGCUACCCCAUUCUAAUAAAGCCAACACAUGGAGGUGGAGGAAAGGGCAUGAGGAUUGUGCAAAACCCAAAUGAAUUUGUUGAAUCAUUCUUGGCUGCAAGAAGGGAGGCUGCUGCUUCUUUUGGAGUGGACACAAUCUUGCUUGAGAAAUAUAUCACCAGACCUAGGCAUAUAGAAGUUCAGAUUUUUGGAGACAAACUUGGCAAUGUCAUAUAUUUAUAUGAAAGGGAUUGCAGUGUACAGAGAAGACACCAGAAAAUUAUUGAAGAAGCCCCAGCUCCCAAUGUUAGUAAUGAUUUUCGCUCUCAAAUGGGUCAAGCAGCUGUUUCUGCAGCCAAGGCAGUUGGCUAUUACAAUGCUGGAACUGUCGAGUUCAUUUUGGAUACUCUCUCAGGUCAAUUUUACUUCAUGGAGAUGAAUACACGAUUACAGGUUGAGCAUCCUGUCACUGAGAUGAUUGUUGGCCAAGAUCUUGUAGAAUGGCAGAUUCGGGUUGCUAAUGGCGAGCCUCUUCCUGUUAUGCAAUCAGAGGUGCCUUUAUCAGGUCAUGCAUUUGAAGCCCGUAUUUAUGCCGAAAAUGUUCCAAAAGGGUUUCUACCAGCUACUGGGGUUCUUCAUCACUAUCGACCUGUUCCAGAGUCAGAAACAGUUCGUGUUGAGACCGGAGUUGAACAAGGAGACACUGUUAGUAUGCAUUAUGAUCCCAUGAUUGCAAAGCUUGUUGUCUGGGGAGAAAGUCGUGCCACGGCAUUAGUUAAAUUGAAGGAUUGCCUAUCAAAGUUUCAGGUUGCUGGUUUGCCAACUAACAUAAAUUUUCUUUUCAAACUGGCCAACCACUGGGCUUUUGAGAAUGGGCAAGUUGAAACGCAUUUUAUUGAAAACCACAGAGAUGCAUUAUUUCCUGAUUCAAGUAAUAUGGAGCUGGCAGAGGAAGCACACAAAUCUGCUGUACAUAGCGCAAUGCUUGUUGCUGCAUGUCUUUGUAAGAUGGAAAUCAACACAGCAAAGAGAAACUGUCAAGGGGAAAGAAGCCCACUUUCUAUCUGGUAUUCUGACCCUCCAUUUAGAGUCAACUAUUGUCCCAAGCGUGAUAUUGAACUUGAGUGGGAGAAUGAUUAUGGGACUGGCAGUCAAGAGCCCUUGAAAUUAAGCCUUAUAUAUCAACAAGAUGGGGGUUAUCUCAUUAAGGCUGGAGAAAGCGGUUCCCCUGGUAUGGAAGUUAAAGUUGUGCAGUUAGGUGAUCAAGACUUUAGGGUUGAAGCACAAGGAUUAAGUGUGCUAUUAACAUUAGCUGUCUCUAUAAAGGAUAAAUUCAAGCACAUAAACGUCUGGCAUGGCUUAAACAGCCAUCAGUUUAGACAAAAAAUUGGGCUGGAACUGUCUGGAGAAGAUGAAGCUGACCAUAGGCCUGAGAGAGCUGCUAUGGCAUCUCACUCCCCAGGUUCUGUUUUGGCACCUAUGGCUGGUUUGGUGGUCAAGGUUCUUGUAAGGAAUGGAGAUAAAGUAGAGGCGGGGCACCCAGUUCUAGUCAUGGAAGCCAUGAAAAUGGAGCACGUUGUCAAGGCUCCUUCUUCCGGUUUUAUUCACGGACUUCAGGUAGCUCCGGGACAGCAAGUUUCAGAUGGUAGCAUUCUCUUUAUGGUGAAGGAAACAUGAGAUUGGCUCAAUGUGCAAGGCGGUUUGUAUACAGGGAAACACUCUGUAACUUUCUGUAAAAUGUAAAUGAUCUCAUACACAUGUAAGUUCCAUUUAGAGAGAAUCAGAAGCCAAUUCUUCUUCAAAAUGUAACGCAAAUUGUAGACUGUACAUAAAUAAUACCGGAACUCCCUACUUGUACAUCACUACUAUGCUAAUCUCUGGAGGCUUAGACAGCAGUUUCCUUCGGGACUUUGUAUCAAUUGCGGUCUGCUCACUGCGUGCUAAUUGGUCCUCCUAAACAACAGCACUUAAGCGUAGCUCAAAAUAUGCUACAGAUGAUAAAAUACGAUAUACUCGUCACAUACAUAUACAACCUACAAAAAUACCAAAUAUGCUUGGUGGAGGUGAUGUAGAACUUACCUUGUGCUUGUUAGUAGAGAUUUCCUCAUAUUCCUUCUUACUCUCAAGCGUUGACUUGUAUAGUUCGGUUGGUUAACCUGCGAGAGGUGUUAGUCCAGUUGGGUUCUUAUUUUUACCAAUGGGUUCACAGUGCGGGGAUCCGAAUAAAAUUAAAAAUGUAUAUAUACAACCUACAAAAAAAGUAUCAAUCCACGUAAAACAAUAGCGUCAUAGAAGUGUUUAUAAAUUUUUAUUCUUCAUUUAUGUGAGAUUUGUUUGUAUUACACUUUUCUUGUUGGGGUGUUCGUUUUUAGCUUGUUCUGUUGUUUGGUCUAUUUUUGACAGGUCAGUAUGUCUCUUUUAGGGUCUAUCCUAGUAGGAAGAAUCUACUAAGUAUGCUCCCCCGUUCACUCUAUUGGAGCAUAUCCUAGGAUGAGUUUCUAUGGCAACAUGUUUAGUUGUAGUUUUCAGUUUUAUCUUGUAGUCUAUAUAAAACUGUUAACUGCUAACUUUAUCCCGUUACUUUUGUUUGAUCCUAGGAGUAUUCUGGGUGACAUCUACUUAAGAGAAAGAUUAUCUUUGUCACCGUGAUCACAAAUUGAAUGAAUACAAGUAUACAACACUGAUUUGAAUGUUGUUUGACUUACAAUUGUUUUAUGGAACAUGUCCCAUUUAUUUUCUCCACUUUUUCUACUAUGUGUUCCACUUUUUCAUUUAAUAACCCACCUUAAAGUUUCUCUUUUCAUCUUUUUUAUUUCUUUGUAUCACUUUUGGACUUCCUUCUUAAUUCUCUAUUAUUAAAGUGAAGUGAGUCAAUUAAAAGAGGAUGAAAUAAGUACUUCUAACUUUGCCUGGGGUGAUCAAGGUGAACUCAGAUGCUUCGGUGGGAGAGGAUGGGUGGAUUAGGUUGGGGUGGUGGCGCGGGAUUCGGAAGGUAGUGUGCUGUGGGCAACAAGUAGGAGAAAUUAAGCGUGGUGGCCCGUGGAAGUGGCGGAAGGGAAGGCCUUGUGCCUAGCGAUGAAGCUGGCACGUGCUCAUGACCAUCCAAAUGUUGUUUUGGAGACAAACUGCAAGUCGCUCGUCUCCAGGCUCUCGAAAGGUGCUAUCUAUUUCUCCGUUCUUGACUCUAUUUUGGAGGAUAUCUUGUCGUCAUGUAGUUCUUUCAUUAUGUUAAAUGGUAUCACGUGCGACGGGAUGACAAUUCUGUUGCUCAUCACCUAGCAAGACUUAUUCCUUUUGGUGUAGAACAAAGAUGGGAGAACCAUGUUCCCUCUGAAAUUACGCCGUAUGUACUGGUGGACUUUAUGUCCCUAUCUUAAUGCACUUUUCGAUCUUUCCCCUCAAAAAAAAAAACUUUGAAAAUACUUUGAUGGUUUAUCUCACUAACUACCGAUAAAAGGUGUUACAAACUUAAGGAUAAUAAUGAACCUUUCCCCCUUAAAAUUUAUACGGCCCGACCCGUUGACCAAUUUGAAAUACAAAGUUGUCAGUUUCAAAUGAACACAUGAUUAGUAUUAUUAUGACUUUUAAAAUCUUUAAAACAAACGUAAUAACUGAUAGUGCUCUUGAAUGGGUUAACAUUUUGUUAUCUCAAGUUUUCAACAACAAACCUGAGCAAUAUUAAUUAUGAUUAAUUUAAAUUUAUUAUACAAUCUAUAUCAUAUUUCUGCUGUAUUUAAAUACAUACAACGCAUCGACUUUUACAUAUGCCGGUGCCGAGUGCACUACUUUGACGGUUAAUAAAUUCAAUUAUCGAUUAGUAAAACUUAUAAAAGAUUGAUAAUAUUUUGAAAAUAUAUUUUGAAACUAAUCCAACAUUGAAGUAUCUCUAUUCUAUAAGGCAACACACGGGGGACACUAAAAAAUAGAAAAAGGAAAAAAAGAAAAAAAAUAGAGGAUAACUAACUAUUUCAUUUGAAUGAAAAAAGGGGGAAAUUUAGACAUUUAAAAUAUCAGUUUUUUGAUAAAAUAAAAUGUAAAAACAAUUAUUCUACCCAAAUUUUAUUUUCUACUUUAUUUGUUAUCACACGUUAUCGCACGCAUUGCGUGCAUGUAAGACUAGAUACUAACCCAACCCUCUAGGCUCUAACCCAAUUUAAAGAAAAAAAAAAAGUAGAGAUAAAGCCAGCCCAUAACGCAAUAGACGGUGAAGAACGAACAAACGAAAUUCGCGCCUUUCUUCUCUUCCCCCAUUCGAGUUCGACACCAUAAAAUCUCCGCCCAAUUCUAAUCCAUUUUUCUCACACAUUUCACUCGAGUGUUUUCACUCUGAAAUCUCCGUAAAAGUGUAACAAUGGCGGACGGUCAUCUCUUCAAUAGCGUUUCUCUCGGCGGUCGCGGCGGCAAU